AACAUUGAAUCUUCAAAAGGAACAACGAAACAGGACAUUGAUAGAAAACCUAUGAAUCAGUUUGAACGUCGUAAUUCUCUGCCUUUACUGGAAGCGAAUGGCAUUUGUGGUAGAGAAAUGGAAGCUCUCGAUUCUCUAUCUUGGAUUUAUCUUUUCGAUUAUCUUCCUCCUCCAUUCUCUCAUUUCCCAGAAGUUACUUCUGGGAUAUGAAACUGUUCACAUCAAGAGGAACCCGGAUCUUCCUCUCCGCUUCCGUUCUGAUGGUACCUUCAAGAUUCUCCAGGUCGCUGAUAUGCAUUUUGCGAAUGGAGUUAACACGCGGUGUCAGGAUGUGUUGGAUUUCGAAUUCAAACACUGUUCGGAUCUUAACACGACCCGGUUUUUCAAGAGGAUGGUCGAGGUGGAAAAUCCUGAUUUCAUUGCAUUUACAGGUGACAACAUAUUUGGGCCAAGCACUGCUGAUGCUGCCGAAUCCUUGUUUAAAGCUUUCCGUCCUGUUAUUGAAUAUCAAGUUCCAUGGGCAGCAAUUUUGGGAAACCACGACCAAGAGUCUACAAUGACUCGAGAAGAGUUAAUGUCUCUCAUUUCCCUCAUGGAUUAUUCAGUAUCUCAAACCAAUCCACACUUCAGUAACUUUCCUUCGAAUGGAGAUCAGAUAAUACGAAACAUUGAUGGGUUUGGGAAUUAUGAUAUCAAUGUCUACGGUGCCCUGGGUUCACAUUUGGCGAAUUCCAGCGUCCUUAAUCUUUACUUUCUCGACAGUGGAGACAGAGCCAUAGUGCAAGGAACCCAAACAUAUGGAUGGAUUAAGGAAUCGCAGCUUAUGUGGCUUAGAGAUGUUUCUCAAAUAUUUCAGGGCAAAAAUCAGGAACUUUUUCCCUCAAUGGAUGCUUUUGCUGCCCAAGGGAAGCCUCCAGCCCUGACAUUUUUCCAUAUACCGAUCCCAGAAAUUCGGAGUCUAUACUACAAAAAGAUCGUUGGCCAAUUUCAGGAGGGCGUGGCAUGUUCUUCAGUGAACUCAGGAGUUCUACAGACCUUAGUCGCUAUGGGAGAUGUUAAAGCUGUGUUCAUGGGUCAUGACCAUGCCAAUGAUUUCUGUGGGAAUCUUGAUGGAAUAUGGUUUUGUUAUGGUGGAGGAUUUGGAUAUCAUGGCUACGGGAGGCCUGGGUGGUCAAGGAGAGGCCGGGUUAUCGUAGCAGAAGUUGGAAAGGGCAAGAAGAGUUGGACGGGAGUCGAGAGGAUCAGGACGUGGAAACGACUAGACGACGAAAAGCUGACCAAGAUUGAUGAACAGAUUCUGUGGGAACGCGAUCAACAACCUCAGUAACUUUCCUUCUUUGAUAUACUCUACAUCACAAACCAACCAUGUUUGUAUCAUAAAUUGUAGAACUAUGAACAAGAUCUAUGUACUCUAGAAUGCUUGAUUAUUGUAUCCAUAGUCCAGAAAUUAAAGUGUCCAAUUGAAAUUUACUUACAUAAGCUAAAAAUGUGGACGAUCUUCCCACCAAACUUCAUACCAAAUGUAAAGGGCCAAAUUGCGAGCAGUUGAAUUACUAUACAGUUAGGUGGAAA